CACAUAUCUGUACCUCCAAGUAUACAGAUGCUUUUUGUAUACAUCAGGCAAUGAUGGUGGAUGAAGAGCUACCUAGACACCCGGUGCGCUUGUUUAACGUGAGUCUUUGACGAUACAUCCAUGUUGGAGCUAUGCGUGUGAUCUGAGUAUGUGUGGCUGCUGCUGUUGUGUCCGCCCCCUGGAAGUAGGGCAAUGCCGACGCCGAAAUAGUGACGGAUCCCGAGAGUGUGGCGAUAGCGACAGCAUUCAAGAAAAAGUCGCUACAGAAGUGGGAGGAAGCCAAGAAGUUGCGCAAUGACCCGGCGUUGGGAGAGUUAGAAAAAGCUGCACAACAAGCCAAGCGGAAGCUCAGCUCGUCAGGCGGUUCGGGCAGCCUUAGCCGCUCCAUCGGUCCGGACUCUGAGUCACCGAUGGCAUUUAGACAGCGUUCGCAACAGUCGUGGCGCAAGCAGCACCAGGAGUUGGUGGACGAAGCUGGGAACAUUGGCGAAGGUAUAGCUUCUCUGCUUGGGAAGGAUACCAGUACGGAAGCCAGCCUCGUUGAAAGGCUGCUUCAGAAAGGUUACGGUCUGGGCUCCAGCCAGGUCAAAGCGGAUGCAACGCAAUCUAGUGUUUCCACUUGGAGCUUCGGCAGUGCUGCGAAAGACAGCGGGUCCUCAUUGUCGCCUCAAGAAUCUUUUAAGGACCGGCUGGUGAAGUUUUACACCAAAUACAACCCGUCCAAGCUAAAUUCAGUGGAUCGCACGUUGGAGACGUACAGCGGUCGAGAAGAAGAGCUGUUUCAGAAGCUCCAUGAGCGCUAUGUGUCAGUCGCUAGUCUGAAAGAACGCAAGAAGAGGUUCAUCACGAAGGCAACCGACCCCACUGUUUACUUGGACAUCUCAAUUGCUGGAGCUCCAGCGGGCAGGAUCGUCAUGCGUCUGCUGAAGGACGAAAUCCCGCUCGCUUCGGAGAACUUCCGCUGCCUAUGCACAGGAGAAAAGGGUGGAAUUCUUACAUUCAAGGGCUGCAAGUUUCACCGCAUCAUUAAGAACUUCGUUGUCCAAGGCGGAGACUUCACCACUGGGGACGGAACUGGUGGUCAGAGCAUUUACCGCGGCACUCCACAUGGUGAUCUCUGGGGAAAUUUUAAAGAUGAAAAAUUUCUUCCCCACGACGACGUAGGACUACUAUCGAUGGCCAAUGCUGGCAAGAAUACAAAUGGCUCGCAGGUACGCAUUGUACUCAAGCUAAAGUAUGGUUUCAAGCCAGGUAGUUGUGUAAAAUUCAUUUUGUUGCCUGACCAUGAGCAGUUCUUCAUCACGACGAAGGCAGGCCUCAAGAAUCUCGAUGGGAAGCACGUGGUAUUCGGUGAGGUCAUUGAAGGUCUCGAUGUUGUGGACGCGAUGCAGAAUGUGAAGGUGAGCAAUGGCAAUAGUCGCCCCCUUCCUGAGAAUGAAGUCGCAAUUGUGGAUUGCGGCGAGCUGUAAAGCAGUACAAAAUGAAUUCAAGGUUCUGUCUUUUUAGAAAAGCAAAUGUGCCAGAUCCUUUUUCACCACAAUUUUGUGCUUCCCGCUUCCGUCUGUAUGGC